UUUUAAUCUUCAGAGACUUCACAACUGAGCAGAAGGACCCAAAACCACAAGGGCCUGGGUCCUCUCUGUGGACAACAUGGAGUUUCAGCGAUUGCGAUUGGAGGAGGAGGAUGACGAAGACGAUGCAGCCAUUCAGUACAUGAUUGAACAGAGUCUGCUGGAGAGCAACAAGCAGAAGGAAACUCACAGAGACGCCACAACACGAGGCGGCAGGAGCUCUGAGCUCGACUGCACAGACAGCAGCCUGAUCUUCACUGCUAUAAGACAAGGGAAUGAGAAGCUCUUGAAGGAUCUGUGUGUCAAACACAAAGAUAAGUUUCUGCAGACAGACAGCAGAGGUUGGAUUCCUCUCCAUGAAGCAGCAGCUCAGAGCAACCACGCCGUCCUGGAGCUCACAUUCACAGCUUCAGGCCCGGACUCUGUGGAGUGUCAGACCCUCCGUGGGCAGACUCCUCUCUUCCUGGCAGUAGAACACGGUCUGAUAGAAAACGCCUCCUUCCUCCUCAAACAUGGAUCCCAGCCGGACAGUCAGGACCACGACCAGGACUCACCACUGCUUGUAGCGAUCCGCUCAGACCGUGCUGACCUGGCGGAGCUGCUGCUCCUGCAGGGCUCCAGGGUGAACCAGGAGGUCUGCCACGGACGCUGUCCCCUGCACGAGGCCUCACGUCUGGGCAAAGCGUCACUGGUGAACCUGCUGCUGAAGGCCGGAGCCCGGACAGACCCGCGCAGCCACUACGGCCUCACGCCGCUGGCCCUGGCAGCUCAGAGUGGACACCUGGAGGUGGUGCAGACUCUGCUGGAGAGAGGUGCAGACGUCCUGUCCGAGGCGCAGGAUGAGGCGUCCAUCCUGUACGAGGCGUCUGCAUCCGGGGAUCCGGCUGUCAUCAGUCUGCUGCUGGAGUACGGCGCCGACGCCAACAUCGCCAAACGCUCAGGACACAUGCCGAUCCACCGCGUCGCACACAGAGGACACCUGCAAGCUUUAAACCUGCUGAUUCCAGUAACUUCAAUAAGAGAUGUAAACGACACUGGGAUGAGUCCUCUACACUCUGCUGCUGCAGGAGGACACACACACUGCAUCAAGGCCUUGCUGAAUGCUGGUUAUGACCCCAACUACAUGCUCCACCCCUGGGUUCGGCGUAGCUAUGACGACGAGAGGAAGUCGGCUCUCUUCUUUGCUGUCUCCAAUAACGAUGUGCCGUCAGCCACGCUGCUGCUGGAGGCUGGAGCCAUGGCCAACCAAGACCCAGUCAAAUGUCUGCAGGUUGCACUGCGUCUGGGCAACUAUGAGUUGAUCGACCUGCUGCUGAGGUUUGGAGCCAACGUCAACUAUUACUGCAGAGUGAACACAACACACUUCCCCUCAGCGCUGCAGUACGCUCUCAAAGACGAGCUGGUUCUAAGGAUGCUGUGUAACUAUGGUUACGACGUGGCGCGCUGCUUCGACUGUCCCUACGGCAACAACUCCCAUGUCCCUGGAGACUACGAGGGAUGGACGAACAGUGUCAUCAAAGACACUAUGUUCUGUGAGGUGAUCACCGUGUCCUGGCUGAAGCACCUCUCCGGUCACGUGGUUCGCAUCCUGCUGGACUACGCGGAUCAUGUGACCCUCUGCUCUAAGCUGAAGGCGGCUGUGAUGGAGCAGCGACAGUGGCCCGACAUCUGUAGGCUGCAAGAAAACACUCGCUGUCUGCAGCAUCUCUGCCGACUGAGGAUCCGUCGCUGUCUCGGUCGCCUUCGUCUCCGUUCGCCCACCUUCAUGAGCUUCCUGCCGUUGCCGGGGCGACUGAAGGACUACGUCCUGUACCGGGAGUACGACCUGUACGGGCGGCAGAGCAGCACGCCCGGCUGACGCAGGAGAAACUCACAGAAAGUAGUUCCGUUUGAACAUUUAGAAAUAUCUGCAAAUACUCCACAACCACACGUUGAAGUCACUGUUUCACUUUCUGAACUCAUUUUCCACAUCAUACACCUAUUUAACA